AUGGCCGACUACGAGCGCCGGAACAAUGGCCACCGGGGCGGUGGUGGAGGCGGACGCAAGCGCCGUUAUCGAGACGAUGAGGACUAUGAUCGCCGCCCUCAGCGACGGAGAUAUGAGGAGCCUCUGUUUGUGCAAGUCCGUCGGCAGCUUCUGACUAUUGCGGAAUCGGCUGCUCGCAGAGUCGAGGAUGAUGUUGUGGGGAUCGCGAAAACUGUGGCUGAAAACUACGAGGAUGAGGAGCUCCGCGACACCUUGAUCAACAUUUCCCUUGACCUCGUCCUGGAACAACCGAUGAAAAUCCCCUUCGUUGCUGCGACAGCCCUUUUUACGUAUAACAGCAAGCCUGAGCUGGGAACGGAACUUUUGAACAAGGCGGCUGGGGCUUUGCAGAAAUACAUUGAUUCUGGAUCAUGGCGCGAGGUCAAGCUUCUCGUCCGCUUCCUGGGAUGUUUACAGCCACUGUUCGAGGGUGAGGGUAUCUUUACGCUCUUGGAGGAGCUCUUUGCUCGCGCGGUCGAUCUUCAGACCGCAUCCUCGGAGGACUUGCUCGGCUUGGAGCUUGUCAAAAUCAUCCUCUUCACCAUUCCCUACGUAAUGGCAUCCCCCGCCACUGGUUUCGAAUCUCAAGCUUCCGCACUUCUCGAGAAGACCGACAUCAUUGCCUCUACCCCCACGCCCUGGUGGACUUGUUUGAUCAGUGUUCUCCAGAGUCAGCUUCAAGGUGAAUCCAGCAAAGGAUGGGAGUUGAAGUGCCUGCCUCGUCCAUGGAAGGAUGCACGGGAACCAGAGGGUGACGAGCCAAAGCCUUUCGAGGUCGUGGCCAAGGUCGCUUUCCCGCAGAUCACCGUCCCGAACCCGGUGCCGUAUGGCUCCCGAGCUCUCUUCCCAGAGGUCUACCUCUCGGUCUAUGCCGGACAGGAGGUCGAUACCGUGCCUCCCGUUUCGGACAUCGCCACCUCUCUCAUGAGAGAUGCAUUGGUGGAUACCCUCAACCUUCUUGACUUCAACCGUGUCGCUACGGCUAAGUACCUUAUCGACGUGGAUUGCUAUUACACCCGUAACACCUUCGUCAAGCGUGCUACACCAUUUGACCGCAUGCGUGAGAUGGCGGGUGAUAACACAUCGUGGAAGCCCGAGGAUGUUGCGGUAGAUGCCGUUUUCUCACAGUUGUUCCAACUUCCUACGCCGGAACACAAGCUUGUAUACUAUCACUCUGUUCUGACUGAGUGCUGCAAGAUCGCCCCUGCAGCUAUUGCGCCAAGCUUGGGCCGUGCUAUUCGGUUCCUGUACAACAACCUGGAGACCAUGGACUUGGAGCUGAGCAACCGGUUCCUGGAUUGGUUUGCUCAUCAUUUGAGUAAUUUUGGUUUCACCUGGAAGUGGAGCGAGUGGGUCGAUAACCUCGAGCUUCCUCCCAUUCAUCCUAGGAUGGCAUUCAUUAAUGGAGCACUGGACAAGGAAAUCCGACUGAGCUUCGCACAGCGUAUUAAGGGUACUCUGCCCGAGCCUUACUUGCCUUUGAUCACAGAAAGCAAGGAGAAGGAUACACCCGAGUUCAAAUAUUCCUCCGAAGCAACCCCGUAUUCCAAGGAAGGACAAGAGCUCAUGCAGCUCAUUCGCAAGAAGGCCAACGACGAUGAGCUCCAGCCCAACAUUGCCGCCAUCGAGGAGCAAGCGCAGGGCCUGGGUGUGGAAGACCCCAAGGUUCCCUCUACAGACGCCCUCGUUACUUCCAUCUGCUUCGUGGGCUCCAAGUCUCUAUCACACGUUCUGUCCUGCAUCGAGCGCAACAAGGACCGCCUGCUUGCCAUUGGCGCGGCCUCUGAGAAGGCCCGCUUGCAAAUAAUCACCUCAGUCAUGGAGUACUGGGCUGACCAGCCGGGCAUUGCCAUCAACAUUGUCGACAAGCUGCUCAACUACACUAUUAUCAGCCCUCUUUCUGUGCUGGAGUGGGCCCUCACUGAGCACAUUGCCGCUGGCGCCAUCCUCUCCAAAUCCCACAUCUACGAGAUGAUCUCCGCCACCGUUGGCAAGGUCACAACCCGUAUGCGCCAGAUUGUCGCUGCUCGUGUCCAGAAGGGUCUGUACGAGCCACAGCUCAGCGUUCUCGAGGAGACUCUGUCCCGUGAACGCGUCGAGAUGAAAAAUCUCUUCAAGUUCAUCGAGGAUUCUGUCGUCUCCGUCGCCUCCGGCAGCAAUGACGAGCUCAUGGAGCGUGGGGAUGGGUCUGGUGAUAUGCCCGAAGAUGCCAUUCUCCGCCAAUGGGGCCGCCGCUGGCUGCGUGUCUUCCGCCGAAAGGCUGCUGUGGAGGACGCCUUUAUCUCCGAUGCGCUAAUCAAUGCCACCCCGGUGGGCACUCACGCCCCGACGCGUGAGGAUCCCGCGGAUACCGCGGCUGACGGAGACAUUCACAUUGCCGAUGCAGAUGAGCAAUGA